AUGGCGAACUCAUCGGUUCUUCAAAGCAACAUGUUUCAGCUGUUCCUCACUAACACUACUGGCAAUUACAUUUUCUUCACUUUGCUAUUCUUGACUACUGUUUGCCUCUUUUUCUUCAUGUACUUCAUUGCGGUGAUGCUCAGCAUCUUCUUCACCAGUCCACACCUCCGGGAGAACGCUCGUUACAUACUCUUUGUUUACAUGCUUGUGAAUGACAUGUUGUAUCUUCUCUUAGGUCUCACUUUGAUGCUAGGUGUCAUAUAUUUUGUGUACAUCCCCGUGCCAAUUUGCUACAUUUUGUACACAGCUUCUUCAAUGGCUUUUCGAGUGACCCCACCCACCCUGGCAGCCAUGGCUUUAGAAAAAUACAUCGCCAUUUGUCACCCAUUACAAUACCCGGUCCUAUGUACACCACAAAAAGCCAAUGUGGCUUUUACCAUCAUCUGUACAGUGCAGGUAAUCCCAUAUGCUGCCGAACUAUGUCUUAUGUCUUCAUCAUUUACAAAUAUAUUCAAUAUCAAUGUCAUCUGUAGAAAAGAAAGCUUGAUAGUGAAUCCUUUACAAAAUGUUUUAAGGUACCUUGUUCUUGUAUUGAGUUUUGUUUCGGUGGCCAUUGUCAUCUUAUUCACAUACAUCAAGAUCACGAUGGUUGCUCAUAGAGUUAGCUCACAGUCUUCUUCCGCCACCAAAGCCAGGAAAACCAUCUUGCUCCACGCCUUUCAGCUACUCCUAUGCAUGACUUCUUUACUGUCCAUACUGACUGAAGGUAUUCCAACGAGUCAAUUUGUACAUUUAACUCUUUUCAACUUCUUAGCGUUUACUUGUGUGCCAAGGUUCCUUAGUCCCAUCAUCUAUGGGAUCCGGGAUGAAUACUUAAGGAAACUUCUUAAGAAGUCUUUAACAAGAGACUUAAAACUCUAG